AUGUCCCCCAAGAAACACGUUGUCUUCGACGUAGUGGGCACCUGCGUCUCCUUCGACGCCUUCUACAACUGCAUUGACCACGUUAUCGGCGACAAACUGCGUGCGCAAUGUAUCACGCCCCGUUUCUUUGGAUUCAGCUGGAUGACCGCUGCCGAGCUAGAAUUCACCUUCCUUUCCAUUUCAGAGCGCUAUAAACCCUACAAAGACGUUAUCACGGCGCUAUUCUAUCGGACGUUGCACAUGGCGGGCGUAGAGGACCCGAGGUCGUUUGCGACGGAGGCUGAGAGGGACCAGUGUGUGCAGGGGUAUUCGGAGUUGGAGCUUAGACCUGGUACCCGAGAGUGUUUUGCCAAGUUGAGAGAGGCGGGCUUCACGGUCUGGUGUCUUACGACUGGGGACACGAGACGUGUGAGAGGGUAUUUUGAGCGCGCCGGGGUGGAUAUGCCGUUGGAGAACUUCAUUAGUUGUGACUCGCAGGGGGUGGCUAAGCCGGCGCUGGCGGCGUAUCGGCCUGCCAUGGAGAGAUUUGCGGAAGAGGAUAUCAAGUGGUUUGCGGCGGCGCAUAUGUGGGAUGUUUCGGCGGCGGUUAAGGUCGGAUUCAGAGGGGCUUAUUGUACGGUGUAUGAGAAGGAGUCGUGUGCGGAGAUUUUUGACACACAGAUGGAGGUGUUGGCUGAUUCUUUGCCUAACAUGGCAGACAAGAUUAUUGCAGCUUCAAGGUAG